AUGAAUGGGGUUCGAGAAACGAUCUUUAAAAUUCUGGAGAACGGGGCUCCAGCUGGGCUGAGAGCUGAGGAAGUUGGUGUGUCCUGCGGCGGACACCGCGCUACGUCGUGCGCUGAGUGCCCCAGGGGCAAUGGCAAAUCGUGGUGCAAUGGCGACUGCGCGUGGUUUGACGACAACGGGAAGUGCAUGACAAAGGCCGAGACUGCGCUUUGCAACGGCUUAUCUGUGCUCAACGGCAUGCCCCGAACAAACUACCAGGCGAUGGUUGACGAAGGGUUUAUCAAAUCGGCCCUUUCGGAGGAGGCCCAGUGCUGCGGAGUGAAGUAUGAGCUGAAGACAGUCGCCAACUACUACGAUUGCAUAAUGGCGCAGGAACCUUACCAUGAGGGCCCUCCCUAUGCCUGCGGCGGUACUACGCCUCUGAUCUGCGCAUCCGACGGAGUGACGGACUCGCCCGACGGACUGACGGACUCGCCCGACGGACUGACAAAGGCCGAGACUGCGCUUUGCAACGGCUUAUCUGUGCUCAACGGCAUGCCCCGAACAAACUACCAGGCGAUGGUUGACGAAGGGUUUAUCAAAUCGGCCCUUUCGGAGGAGGCCCAGUGCUGCGGAGUGAAGUAUGAGCUGAAGACAGUCGCCAACUACUACGAUUGCAUAAUGGCGCAGGAACCUUACCAUGAGGGCCCUCCCUAUGCCUGCGGCGGUACUACGCCUCUGAUCUGCGUGAGCCUUCCUCCGGAUGAGGACGGCAUCCCGAACCUUCCUCCGGAUGAGGACGGCAUCCCGAACCUUCCUCCGGAUGAGGACGGCAUCCCGAACCUUCCUCCGGAUGAGGACGGCAUCCCGAACCUUCCUCCGGAUGAGGACGGCAUCUCGAACCUUCCGGCCGCCUCGAUGGGGUCCUACACCGAGCAUGUUGGGCAGACAUGCAAGGGGAUGGUCACAAAGACGUCAAACUCAACGAGCGAAAGGAAAGCCUACUUCGACCAGGCCGCAGCUUGGAAAGGGGGCAUUGACUACUGCAAUGCUGACCCCGAUUGCAAGGGCGUCGCCAACAGCCCCAAUUGGAUGGGGGGCAAGCAGGUGCAAUACUGCAUGAGCGAGGAGUUCGACCUCGUUUCCAACGCAGAUUGGACCGUCAAGCAAAAGAUUUGCUACGUUCAAUGCUUUACAGAGCAGACCGUCUCCGAUGCAAUGCAGCACCACCAGUGGUCGUCGUGGGAGAAGAACACGGACAACACGGAUGAAUGCAACGUUCAAUGCUGGACGAAAGAGGACCUCGAAGGCAAAGUGUGGUUCGAGAAGAACAAUGCUGAAACGGAUUGCCACGUUCAAUGCUUUCCAGAAGGGUUCAUAAUUGAAUACCCUUCCGCCAAGUUCGAGAAGAACAACAAGUAA